AUGUCUGAUUUUGAGGAUAACGCUUUCAACGACGGACAGGAAAACUAUGAAGACUUCGAUCAGCCAGAUCACUUCUCGGAAGAUGACUAUAAUGAACCCGAAACCGAUGCCCAUGCCAGUAAUGAAAAUGGCGGCGACGUAGUAAUGAAGUCAGAAGAUGGUAGGGUCAUUAUAAGCGGUGGGUUAGGACCUAACGAUGAAGCCCUUGCAAAAGCCAAGUCGAGCAAGGAAUUAUCUAUUUCAAAGGAAGACAGAACUACCACUCCAUACAUGACCAAAUAUGAAAGAGCCAGAGUAUUGGGAACAAGAGCCCUUCAAAUUUCACUCAACGCUCCAGUUUUGGUUGACAUCGAGGGGGAGACCGAUCCUUUACAAAUUGCCAUGAAAGAAUUGUCACAAAGAAAGAUUCCAUUGGUAGUGAGAAGAUACUUGCCAGACGGAUCAUUUGAAGAUUGGGGGUGCGAUGAGUUGAUCAUUGAUCUUUAG